AUGAAGGCGAGCAAGAAAAUCCCCAGAAAUGUCAAUUCUGUUCGACCGGCUGACAUUAAAUUGGUGAUGGCCAUGGGAGAUUCACUUACAGCUGCGAAUGGUGCCGGAGCAGAAGAUCCUCUAGGUGUUGUUUUACAAUACAGAGGUCUCGCCUUCCAAGCUGGCGGAGAUAAAUCCCUGGACGAGCAUGCUACGAUUCCUAAUAUUUUGCGGAAGUAUAAUCCAAAUUUAUUCGGAUAUUCUAUUGGAAUAGGAUCACCGAAUGUAUGGGAAAUUUCAAGACUUAAUGUUGCUAUGCCUGGAGCAGAAGCUCACGACCUUCCUGGACAAGCACAACAACUUGUUGGUUUAUUACAAUCACAUCCAGAGGCAGUAAAUAUGAAUAACGACUGGAAACUUCUAAAUAUAUUCAUAGGAGGAAACGACAUGUGUGGAUAUUGUCACAAUCCGAACGAUGCUCCGGAGAAGUGUGUCCAACACAUUUCGGAUGCUAUUCAAAUAAUUUACGACCAUGUACCUCGCGUCAUUGUCUCCUUAACCACAAUGCUUCACCUCGAGGUGCUACGUCAAACAGAUUCCGGACACUUCUUUUGCACUGAAUUGCAUGUGUGA